AUGGCUAAAACAGGUUUCGCCUGGGAUAUUGAUGCUGCUACAACCGAUCCUUAUGAGAAACUUAUGUGCGUCCACAAUCCGGACGAAGAUACUCUUGUCAGAAACCUCCCAAUUCCGGUUAUUCCCUUAGAUCAGAACACCAAAGACAUUUCUUUAAAUCCUGGCCGGAAAACCUCAAUCCGAAUUUUUCGACCAGCAACUGAACUCUUUGUAACAAAUAAGCUUCCUGUAAUAAUUUACUUUCAUGGUGGUGGUUUCAUUCUUUUCAGUGCAGCUUCAAUUAUUGUCCACAAUUUCUGCCAAUCCAUUGCAACUCAUUUACCUGCAGUAGUCGUCUCUGUAGAAUACCGUCUUGCGCCCGAAAGCCGACUUCCCGCUGCCUAUGAUGAUGCUGUGGAUGCUCUCAACUGGGUCAAAACUCAAGCUUUAGAUACCUUAAAUGGUGAACCAUGGUUGAAAGAGUAUGUUGAUUUCUCAAAGUGUUUCAUUAUGGGGUGCAGCUCUGGUGCUAAUAUUGCAUAUUUUGCCAAUUUGAGAGCAUUGGAAAUGGAUCUUGAACCAGUUAAGAUCAAUGGGCUAAUACUGCACAUACCUUUCUUUGGUAGUCUUGAGAGAACUGAAUCAGAACAAAGUGUGAACACAUAA